CACACCAGCCACUUUCCAGAGGUUAAUGCAGACCACCAUGCCGAACUUUUUAAUUUCAGUCCUUCUUGUGUACCUAGACGAUCAUUUGGUAUACUCCAAGAUAAAGGACAUUCAACUGCGGGAGGCGAAAUGGAAAUGUGAAAUGGAAUAAAUGAAUGUUUGUAAAUGUAAAUGUUUUGUCAUCGUUUAAACGACGAAGAGAAAUUGUAUUCUUUAGGCGAAUAAAACUUGUGUCUUCCAGCUACAUUAACAUCCGGUAAACAAUCUUUUGUACAAGCAUGGUGCUGUGUGAACUCCAAUGUCAGUUAAGUGCAUGAGAAAGAGAAGGAGGAGAAGAGGAAGUUUCUCUGCAUAAUAAACUUCAUUAUGGGCUGAUAAACUACAAUGCCUGAAGUCUGAAGGGAGGGGGGACUUUCUAGUCCGAGAGCACUUUCAUUACCCUUCGGCCUUCUUAUCAUUUUGUGUCAACUGAUAAGUUGAAGCUGCACGUAUCGGUCGGUUCUGUACAUUAAUUGUCAGCAUUGUAUGAAUAUUUCACACUUAAUGGGACGCCAACACUAAUAUCGUCAAGCGGAGCCACAAAGGUCAGUAUACCUUUUACGGAAACUUGAAGUCUUUCUCCGUCAGUUCUGUCAUUCUCACUCGGUUCUAUCAGUCCCUUAUUGAGUCUCAUUCCUUUUUCUGUCAUCUCCUGGUUCCACAAUCUCUGCCUAGAGAACAUGAAUGGUCUUGUCGCCCUUGCUAAUGUCUGUUGCAAUAUAUAUCACCAAAACACCAAGCAAAGGAACUGAAUAGUCUUGAGUAAUUAGCAAAUCCUUACAAAGGCAACCCAUAUCCUCAUUAUUUCUGAUCAUGUGUCAGGGUGCGAGCUUUGGCCGCAGAUACGCCAUGGCUGUAUGCAGAACGAAUCGUCACACCAACCAUGCACGAACUUAUAAUUUCUUUUACGUGUCCGUGCACAAGCUCAUUCAAUCCACGAUGUUGUGUUAGUCCGAGGUGAUAAAAUGCUCAUGUACCAAACUGAACCUAAGAUAGAUAUCUUCUCUUCUUCCUUUCUCCACAACAAGUCACACAAACUAAGUCAGUGAACGAUGCCUGCACCAACCAUGAAAUGCCCUCGAGCGUGGAUCACUCGUGGCUUCAUGCAUUCAGUGAAAUAAGACUUCAUUACAUUUUGUUUGAGAGCGUAAACAUUUAUUUGUCUAAAAUGGAAAUCGUACUGUUAGCAUGAACAGCAAACAGAUUAAAGUGAAUUUACAUAAUGUCGCCAGCGGACUCUUCGUUAUCACAGGGCAGUUGCUAGGCAAUGGCUUGGUCCUUUUUUAAAUGCCAGCGGCGAGAGUGGUGUGCGCAUGCGCAGUGGUGCACUAUGGGAUAAAAACAUGGCCCCCAAAGCACACUUUUUAAUCUUUGCAAGUACACCCGGGGCUUCAAAUUGCAUGGUAUGCACAGACCUGGGGGCAAAAGAAUAUUGUAUAGAAUUAUUUCGCAUCGGAUAUUACCAUCCUACUAAAUAGUAAAUGAACAGGUUGUAGACUAGUAAAUACUCAAGCGCAGCUACUUGGGUUCGUUUGUAGCAUGCCAUGGGGACAAGUCCUUGUGUUGUCAGUUUUAGAACUGUAGCAAUUUGUUGUAAUAAAAGUGACGUGGGGAUAAAAGCGUUUUAUGUUACUCUACAAGGACUCUAUGUUAUUUUAGUCCAGUGGAGCACAAAAGAUGAAAUACAGUUCUCUGAGGCACCACAAGAUGUCACCUGAGCAGAAGCGUUCAAGUUAAAAGCAAAACAUGACAAGCAGAUACCAUCGAAAACCUGUUUCGCAGGAAUUCACGGAAAUACGGGCCCUCCAGCGAACCCCUCUACAGGACCGACCGCUGCCAGAACCUGCCGACGAGCAUCAUCGUGUCGUCGCCCCGAGCUACAGCCUGUCAACUGUUCUCGGCAGCAAUUACCCACAAACACCGUCCAGCAGCGGCCGCUCAUCUCCGAUUGCUGAGACCCAGAGUACAACAUCCGCCUUCCAGUUAGAGCUUACCACUGGCUACACCACCGAACGCAGCAAUUCUUCCUGCUAUUCCCUUGAUGACUUUGAGCGUCAAGCAUCUAGCACUGUCAAUAAGCACUUCGAGGAGUUUGAGUCUAUGCUGUAUGAGGGCAAAAAGGGAACAUCAUCCACUGUCUCACAGGAGUGCCAUGAAUGGAUUACACAGUUUCCACAUCUUAGGGUUCUUGGCAAGAAAAUUCAAGCACCUCAGGACAGAGACUGUGAUCAAGAUACAGGCUAUGAAUUUAUACCUCCAUCUAGUGUCAGCACCUCUCGGCCCUCCACGUCAGGCACAGCAGAACUAGACCUGACAAAUAAUGACAUUACUUUUACCCCAGACACUCAGGGACUCACUCUGUCUGGCCGGAAGGUAAAACCUAUCCAGGUUCCGCCAGAAAUACCCAGUCCAGAGCUGUUUCCCAGUUGUAACCAGUAUGACUUCCUCCACGAGGAGGUCUUUGAGCAAGAUGGCAUCUAUGAAGACAUUAUUGCAGUUGACUACAAAAAUAUCUAUGAUGAGAAUAUGGAACACAAAAAGCAGAUUACACCUCGGCGGCGUAGAGUAGGUUAUCCACCUGUCACCCCAAAUGCAUGUGUCAAAGACAGCGUUUCCAGCGAAGUUUUUGAUUCUAUGUGGCAAGAGAUUAUGUCAUGGCUGAGGGUACUAGUGAGAAAAUAUGCAGCAGAGAUUCUGGAUGCCAAGAAGCAAGGAGCUGGUUUCUCUACAGGACGCUCCCUGGCACCAACUCCACCAUUCCGUGCUUCUUCCUUUAUCUCAAGACCAUAUUCUGUGCAAGGGCCUCAUCUAAUGGAUGGCAAUGUAUCUUUUGAUGGUGUUCUCAAGAUAUCUACAAUGAUACUUAAAAACCGAAACUCUCAGAGCACGGACCUCCCAGAUACCUCAUCACUUAUAAGUUCCACAGUCAUCGGCCCAGUCUCAAGAGUAGGGUCACGACCGUCAACUGUCAGCACUCAUACUGCUCACCCACGUUUACGGCAAGGUCCAACUCGCUCAUUUCUUCAACCUCUAACAGAGCCUUUCAGGCCAACUAUGGAUGAUAAGGGAAGCAGACAGAAUCCGCAGGAUAUUUUGAGUGUGCGACAGAUAGUUCCAACCACCUCUUUGGCAUUGCAACCAUCUGGCUUAACACGCCAGAGUACAUUGCCUCCCUUGGAAUCCAGCUCUUCGCAGCCUGUGCAGCGGAGAAGCAGCCACAGAGCAAGCAGUGCCGUUGACAACAAGGACAGCCGUUUGUCUGGAGGACGUGAGCGGAGCAAUAACAAUCUGCUGGAGUUGAACCGACCGAGCACCACUCAGGCUAUGCGGUCAGAAACACCAUUCAGCAGUAUAAACCGAAGGUCAUCAACACCUCUCAGCCAAAGUAUCGCUUCACGACAUCCUGUAUCCUUCCUUCAUCCCUCACUUAACAUCACUGGCAGUGCCCUGCAUCCACUAGGAGAACCCACCACCCAUCUUCCUGUCAGUCUUUUACCUCCUAACAUACUGGAGGACCCAGAGACACCCAUGGAAGACAUCAGGCACAACCAGUGGAUGCCAAAUACACCCAGUAAUAAAACCUACAUUCGUCGAAUGCGAACCCACCUGCGUUUGUAAUUUGACACUUUCUACCUCCUUGUGAACUCCCAAGCCUUAUCUUUGCUUGAAUCUGGCUUUGAAACUGAAUUCGCUUCCAUGGGUGAUAAUGAUCAUCAUGACCAGAACAAAGACACAAGCCAGCAAAGAAAUGGUUUGCUGUGCAGCGGUAAAGUCAGCUUGUGAAGGAGGAUUUUGGCCUGAUGUGAGAGCAUGAACACUGUGGCCUUAUGCUUGCUGGUCUUGCAGAACUCAGGAAACAUGCACACAUUUACAUGUGCUCGAGGAUCCGUGAAAUACAUGCAUGCUUCUAUAUGUAUAAUAGCAUGCAUGAGUGCACAACACAGACACACACAUACACACUCGUAUACACAUGCAUGCGUGAUGUGCCAAAGGAGCUCUUGCACCACAGCUGGUGUCCAGCAGAGGAUACCAGAUGUGUAGGCUUCACUUUCUGUGGAUACAUAUUUGCUUGACAGAGAAGCAAGCUUGCAGCUUGAGCUGAAAUGUGGGGAGAGCUGAACUUGACCAUCAAAAUGCAAACACAGAUGUAGAAGGACAUUGAAUUUCAGAACCAUUAUGUUCUUGAUGUAUGAAGACUCAUGCAUCUCAUGUGAAUAAUGGCAGAAGACAUAGACAAUGUUUACAUGCAAAAGAAACUUUGCUUUGGAUUUUGCUGAGAAAUAUAGGGUGGUGUUUGAACUACUGGAGCAAGUUCCUUAUGUCCUUCCUGCAGUUCUACCUGGCUGCUACCUGUGUUAGUGGAUCAACACAAGAGAAACAAUUUAUCCACUACACUUUAUUUCUUCAGGGUCUGUGAUGUUUAUGCACUUAGCGAACUUGGGCUACUUGAAUAACUAGAAACACAAUGUGUUUUUUUUUAUGAUACUCAUCAAAGACACAAAGAAGCAUAGUUAGCAGUACAUCAUGUACAUACAUUGUCAGCCAUGUUCUACAUCAGGAGGUGAAAUGAUUUUUGACAUACGUUCUUUGAUUUGAUCAUAAUUCAGUACAGUAAUCAUCCUGCUUGUGUGUAUGACGAGUGAAAGCUAUUGACUUAAACAUAAUUCGGAACAGUAAUCGUCCUGCUUGCAUGUAUGAUGAGUGAGAGCUCUUUCAGAAUUUUAAUGUGUUCUUGUGGCUGGGUGGGUAGGUAUGUUACUGCCUACAUUUGAUGUGUAACCAAAAAUGUUACUUACUUAGAUAGAAAGUAAGAGUAAAUUUGCAGUUAGCUGACAGGUCCAUUUUACUUCCUAUUUAAAAGACAGCUAUACAGGAAGGUUAAAAAAAGAUGUAUCAAUAUUUCGAGCAAUCGUAAAAGCAGUGUAUCUACAGACAUUAUUUGUUUUGUCAGCGCCUGUUUACAAACUGAUGUCUGUUCAGGUUCAGGCAUUGCUGAUAACCCGAAUCACAAACAUCAAGAAACAGACAGUAUUUUAACUGCAUUUUCAAACUUCCAGCAGCAUUUUAGGAUACGUUUUCUUCGUUCAGAGCAGCUGUUGUUAAUUCCAAUGAGUCAAUCUUUUCAGAAAGAACCACCAGUUGAAGAAAGCGUGUAUAUGCCAUACGUGUAUAUAUAGUCCUAUAGAUAUAUAUACUUUUUAACUUCAGCUUUGCUUCUUGUGGCACUCUCCAUGUAUGCAUCACUCAUGAAACAUUGAUAUCUAUUCCAUCCCCGGCAUCAGUGAUGAAUGUAUUGAAUGAAUAUGCAAAUAUCAUAUAGAUGUUGGAUUCAGACCACAAGAAGUCAUAUUUCUUUCUCUUAUAACCUCUUAAAGUGAGCAGAAACUUUUUCUAACUUAAAACCAGUGACUUUUUAGAAAGCAUAGUUGGCACACUCAUAGGAACACCUACUUACAACAGUUAAGCAGCAUAAGCUGCUCUAUUUUAUCCAUGUGACCCAGCGCAACACUGUCAAAGACGAUUGACGGUGGCCAGAGAAAGAACUGGCUUAAGAGUGGACCAAUUGUUCUGCAUCACCCAAGACAGGGCUGAGUGACAAGCCUUGUUGGCUGCCAUGUCUAGCCAUUGUCUCCACCCACUGGCCAAUACCAGUCAAGAGAUAAAUGACUAAAUGACCAAACUUUUUGCUGAACAUGUUUAAAGAAAUACCCAGUAUCAAUCAUUCCUUUUAAUCGAUUCAGAGGUUGCCAAAGAUGUUUGAAAAAAGAGACAUGAGGAACAUAAUGUAUUCAUAAGCUUACAUGAUCGGAAGAACACCUUCUCCCCUGUAUAGCAUAUCACAUCAGAAAGUCAAGCUGACUUGUGAUCAUUAUCAGUCCGUCUCUAUCAAAAGAAGAUAAACUGGCCCUGUAAGACUGAGCAUUAAUUUGUGGCUGCAGCAAGGGAAGGCUACAACAUCACUAUUUAAGGCACCAUUUAAGUGAAAACACUGGUUAAAGCUGAAAGAUACAGAUGUCUUGGGUUGUGUGUAUCUUUAGAAAUCACAAAGCUUAGCAAAAUUAUAGGCACAGUUUUCAAGUUUACUUUAUGCCAUAUUCACGAAAAUAGAGAUCAGCCUUUCCUCUCUACCUCUUGACUGCCCUCCCACUGCAGCUUCUGCUUUUCUGUCUUGUGAUCACCACUUCUCUCUACUCACCUGUACAAACAUGCAGGCAACAAACUUACUGUUUGAUUGUUGACUCUGUUAAGUGGACCCACAUGGUUUUAUUUUUGCAUACAAUAUGAAAUUAGGAUACACACUAAGUGGCAGAAAGCUUGGGAGGUUGGAUUGCUGGAAAACUAGUUUCUUUUACAGGUUAGGAAUUGGUGUUGCAAGUUGGGCACAUGUGCAAGUUUACUUGCUUAUGCAUAUGUGGGGAAGCAUGUGUAUACAAGAAAAAAACAGGUGAAGAAUAUGUCAAGAAUUCACACUAAUUCAAUUUCGCAAAAGCCUUUCAAAAGUACAAUUCUAUGGAAUCAAAUUUUUACAUGUAAGAUUUGUUUACUAUUUUGUUUUGCACUCAUUAGGAAGCAGAAUACCAAGAAAACAGGUCAAAUCUCACUGCAUCUUCAUUGUGAUCAUGUAAGAUUGGUUGAUUUACUUUAUUGUUGCUGCGAAAUAAGAUUUCACAGCAUCCCUUAUGUUUGUUGCAAGGAAUUUUUAAGCUGUUUCUGUUCAGUCAUUUUUUUCUUCCAAACGAAAGUACCACUUUACAACACCGCAAAAUGUCUACCUCCAAUAAUCUCCUGUUUCCUCUUUAAACUCUUGUUGCUGGAAUACUAAACAAUGCAUGCAGGUAGUCUUUGUGCUUUAAAAAUUGUACUAAGUUGUGACUUGAGCUCAGUGUGUUAACUGCUUUUGAGGAGUUGGAGCUGCAGUGUUACAGGUGCUGAGCCAGUUUUGGGUUUAUUAUUGCGACAUCAAGGGUGUUGAUGGCAAUUCAUUUUCAGAAGGUAUAAAUGCAGUGUUUCAAGGAAAGAACCAAUGGAUAAAUGCUUUCAGUUUCUAAUGCUUUUUGCCAACGAAAUUACUUGCCAAAUUCUUCAUAAUGGACAGCACUUUAAGGCCCCCACAUUCUAACUGCCCCUUCUCUCCACCAAAAAAAACCCUCUCUGUAAUAAUGUUCUUUGGUAAAUCACUAUGGGCAGAAUAUGUAUGAUUAUGCAACAAAUAUUUUGCAGUGCUGUGAUGUGUUUUCAGAUUAAGAUUUAUGUUAUAUGUAUUGCACCAUCUCAACAGCUUUAAUAUCAAUAGUAAGAGGAAUGUGCAGGAGAUAAAAUGGCAGCUUUUUGUGAUUUGGAUAUACAUCUCUACUUAUCCCUUUAAAGACAUUUCUGAGACCACUACAAUGCUGAAUGCUGUGAGAAAGGUUUGCUAUUGAUUAUAAUUUCAUACUUUGGUAGUACCUUUUUCAUCCCAUUUUAUCUUUUGUGUUUGGUGACCUGGUCUUCAGCUGGUGGAUUACCAAAAUUUCAGUUCUAAGCUUCUUGAACGUUUCAUAUAUAUAUUCAUGAUUGAGGGAAUUUUAUAUCUGUAUGCAUGAAUAUGUUUGGAUAUGUAAACUUCGGUUUAUUUUAUGUGUGUGUGUGCUUACAUGCAUGUGUUAGAGAGUGAAGAGACUUUGUAAGAAAAUAAUGUUGACAGUGUAUUUAAAUGGCAAACAAGCUAGCAAGUAAAUGAUUUUGUUACAAUGUCCACUAUGUAGAAAUUAUAGUGUCACAAAUGUUCCAGAUUUAAUUAUCGAGAUUUUACUUAAAGCCAACCUUUCACAUCCUUGCAGCCAUGUGGAUGGCCUCAAAAUAGGCUUCAAGCAUGAGGUAGGGUCCUGUGGUUGAUUUGUAAAGUUCAUUUCUUACAGUCUAAAGAUGCUGGUACUAACCUAUUUUAGAACUUCUUGCAGGCAUGUUGAUUCAGAGAUUUAUGUUAAGUAUUGUACGUCAAUAUGAAGUUUUUACCAGUUCAUGUUAAGCACAAUUUGCAGUCCUUACAUUUUUUUCACACUGUAGAAUUCCUUGUUAAAAACUGAUAUCUGAUAUCUCCAACAUUUAAACAUUUGAAUGAGCUUAAGCUCUCUGUGGUUAUUAUUGCUUCAGAAUACUCCAUGUCGAAAAGAAAAAGAAAGUAAGAAAAACUUGCAUUAUUUACUGGUGUGUUUACUAAUGGUCAAAGAUGUUGAAUACCAGUAAGUUUCUUUGUAAAUUGAGGCAUUUUUGAUGACUAUGUGUACUUUGUAACUUGUGCUUGUAUUUGAGAGCCAAACUGAAAAAGUAGCUUUGGAAAUUAGCAUAAACCUACUUUUUCACCUUGAAACAUUUCUGUUUAUAAAAGUACAGGACACCUUUAUGAAGUGUCUACGAAGCAGGCAACUUGGCAGCGUUGUGAAUAAAUGCUUCAAGAUUUGUA